AUGGUUUUGAAACGAGAGUUGGCAGCUCGUCUGCAUACCUGUCGUAUUUUCAACAAUAUCCAGUUAUCUGUAGCGAAUGAUAUCAGUAGAAUUACAGUAGCGUUCAGGAGUAGUACUAUCUUCACUUCCAUAUCGAGUCAUUUCAGAGGGGGUUCUACUCGUCCAUCUCCUUCUCGGAUCGAUUUCACCAGUAAAGAAAUCGAGGCACUUGCUUCAUCAGCGUCUCCGCCCGCUUCCGCCGAACUUCUGCCAUGGAUAAGAAAAAAUGAAAUUGGACGAGACGCUGUGAUAGAAACCCCAUUUGGAAGACGACAAGCCAUCUACUGCGACUACACAGCUUCGGCACGUGCUAUUCGUCCCAUCGAAGAUUAUAUUGUGGAUAAUGUGCUUCCUUUAUAUGGAAAUACGCAUAGUUCAGUGACUGUAACAUCUGAGCAGACUACUCUGUUCGUCCAUGAAGCGAGACAAGAAAUUCGGUCAAUGACUGGUGCUGGUGACGGAGAUAGCGUGAUUUUCACUGGUGCGGGUACUACAGCUGCCGUAGAAUUGCUAAUUCACCUGAUGCAGCCAGAAAAACUGGUCGUCAUCAACUCCAUCCACGAGCAUCACUCCAACUUAUUACCAUGGCGAUUCAUUGCAGAAGCUUGUUAUUGUGUGAAGGAAGCCGUAGAUGGAACAAUAGAUAUUGACGACUUGGUCCAUGUACUGGAGGAGUCUUGCAAAGCUCAUCCAGAUUGCCAGAUUUUGACAGCUUUUACCGCUUGUUCAAAUAUCACUGGGAUAUGCCUAGAUGUACAGAAAAUUACUGCCAUUGCCAAAAGGUAUAAGGCGAUAGUUGUAUGGGACUACGCAUCGGCUGCACCUUACGUUGAUAUUAAUGUGAAUGGCACACAACCGCUGGACGCAGUGUUUUUCUCUGGUCAUAAGUUUGUUGGAGGCGUUUCUACCCCUGGAGUACUCGUUGUCAAAAAAUCCUUGAUACGAACUACAAAUCCUAAGAGAAUCGGUGGAGGAACUGUGUUUUUCGUGUCCCCGGCUGGAGAGUGGUAUUUGAAAGAUGCUGAAUAUCGUGAAGAAGGUGGCACUCCCGACAGUGUAGGCAUAAUUCGACUUGCGCUAGCAGUGAAAUUGAAGAGGGCAAUAGGAGAACAAGCUAUAAUUGCUACGGAAACGCAUAAGUCUCAUAAAUUCCUCGAAGGCUUGCAAAAAUGCGACAAUGUUGUGUUGUUAGGAGCUCCAGCGGUUGGGAAUAGGCUUGCAGUAUUUUCGUUCCUUGUGAAGGAUCCCACCUCUGGACUAUUUUUCCAUCAUAACUACAUUUCUGCCUUGUUGAAUGAUUUAUUCGGCAUACAGUCUCGUGCUGGAUGCAUGUGUGCAGGGCCUUAUGCACAAUUUUUGAUGGGUAUUGACGAGCAGCUAGCUGCGCAAUACCUGGCUGCGCUGCGUGAGGCUGAAGGACUAGAUCGAACGCAUCUUCGAAGAGUUGGAGAAUAUUCCUCUCAAGAAAUGCUCCGACCAGGAUUUACAAGAGUGUCGAUUCCAUAUUUCUGGUCAGAUGAGCAGGUAGAUCAUCUUGUCGAUUGUAUCCGCUUUGUGUCCGAACGAGCCGCCGACUUCAUUCACUUGUACCAACUGAAUUGUGAGAGUGCCGAAUGGCAUCAUCAUAAACAACGCACUUUUCACGCUCGAAAGUGGUUAGGUUAUGUAUCAUUCACCAAGCAUGGUAUGGUAAUUGAAGAGAAGAAGAGAGAUACAUCCGAUCCUGUGCUACCCGAAAAGUCAAUUGAAGAGGCUGAACGGCUAGCUGAUGAGAGCCUGGAGGCGGUGGAAAAGACCGUUGUGCCCGAUGGCAGAUUUGCGAUCGACGAACGUCACGCUCAUUUGCGCUGGUUUGUGCUCCCCAUCGAGGUGACUGAACGCGCAAUGGGAAUCUCUGUGGACUACCCAAAUCCGCCUUUUGUACCACGAAAAUAUUCGAAAGUAGUUGCAGAGAUGACUGGAGAAAUAGGAACUGAACUGCAAACCUCAUGCAAUGAGCAAAUCAAUGGAGAUAGCAUUGCUGCAAACGGCGUUACCGAGCCUGAAAUUUAUGAGGACACAGAAGAUUCGGAAGAGAAAAUGAGCAAGCACUGUGAAGAUAGUUGUGAUCCAUGCAGUUCUGGAGAUGUAGCUCAAUGCUCACUAGAUUCAGCUGAGCGAGGCAAUGAAAGAAUGGGAGACCUUGGUACCGAUGAAGAUCCUGAGGAGGUUAAGGAUUCGGAUGACUGGGAUAGGCGCGUAAUAGUGCGCAAACGAGAACUGGUCCCCGAGGAAGAAGCUAAAUUACCGUGGCAUGCACCACCUUUAGAUAUGUACAAGAGGGUUACGGAAGCUAUACAUGGUUUGGGUAUGAUAAAGGAAGGCGACAAAAUUUUGGUAUGCUUAUCUGGUGGUAAAGAUUCGCUCUCCCUGUUGCAUAUUCUACAUUUUUAUCAAAUGAGGUGUAGAAAGAAUAAGAGCACGAACUUCGAGCUCGGCGCGAUUACAGUAGAUCCUGGAUCAACAGCAUAUAAUCCUCGCCCAUUAAUUGAAUAUUGUCGAUCUUUGAAUAUCGAUUAUUUUUAUGAAGAACAAGAUAUAAUCGGACAUGCAAGAAAAAUAGAGAAUUUGCGUUCGAUCUGUGCAUACUGUAGCAGAAUGAAAAGGGGACGAUUAGCUGCUGCAGCUCAUCUUCAUGGAUGGAAUGUAUUGGCGAUGGGCCAACAUCUUGAUGAUGUAGUGGAAAGUUUCUUCAUCGCUGCUUUCCAAAAUGGUAAUCUGAGCACAAUGAAGGCGCAAUAUCUGACUCGCGAUGGAACGUUGAGAGUGAUUCGCCCGCUGAUCUUUGUUCGGGAACGAGCACUGCGCGAGUUUGCCGAUUUCCGUGGUUUGCCAGUUGUCGCUGAAAAUUGUCCAGCUUGUUUCAAUCAAGCGACGGAAAGACAUAGAAUUAAACAGUUGCUGGCCCAACAAGAGCUUAUCUUUCCUGAUCUGUUCAAUUCACUGCGGUCGGCUCUUCGUCCAUUGUUGUUGGUUGACUCCGCGAGAACAGAUCAGAUGCGUGCAUUGGCGAUAGAAAAUAUCAUAAAAUUCAACAAAGGAAAAGCUAAAUAAUAUUUUAUCCAGAAAGUGUUAAGCUUAUGCGAUAUUGUUUAUUAGCUCCAAUUUCCAGAUUAUGAUGUUUGGAUCAAAGAUCCGUUGUUGCUGUUAUCUGUGGCGUAUUCAUACGCAGUUACCGAAGUGUUGUUAGAUUUACACUGAAUGUGUGAUAUUAUCAAAUUUCACUUGUUUCGUGAAGAAUCUGUUAUUGCGCUAUUUCAAAUAGCUGUCCAGUCCAGUUUUUUGAGUUCCGAAACAAUAUUCUAUUGAUAGAAAUCUAAUAAAAAUCACAUUCGAG